GAAAAUAAUUUCGAUAAAAUCCUGGUGUACUGCUCAGAGAUGAAGGAACUUAGUGACUCCAAGCCUUUAUUGCUGGGUAGUGUGGAGAAGUGUGCUCUCCAGGCUGUUACUGCAAUAUGCCAGGCUAAAUCUGAGGGCACACUUUUUGAGAGGUUAAAUAAUCUCAAACUAAACUGGAAAAUUGACACACUUGUGUCUACCAUCAUACUGAAGUCAUGGCCAAGAGACCGCAAUGGAGGCUAUCUGGAGGAUGAAGAAGCUGUUCUUAAACAUCUACUGGGCUGGCCAGCAGCUAAGAAUAUCUUUCAGCUCAAUGGUUCUGAUGAAAAACUGAUCAGUCAGCUUUCUGAAAAAGCUAAAGAGAAAUUUACCAUGGCAAUAUCAUCAUUCACAAAAAUUUCAAAUCAACUUGUAUCAGGGAAAAUAAAAAUAAAGCUCCUCAAGCACAUCCUGCAAAACAAGCCUGCUUAUCUUGACCUGCUUCAUUUAGAUUGUUUUUGUGACAAUGAACAAUACAGGGACACCAAUGCCAUGAACAGGCUUCUUGACUGUAGACAAGAGGAGGUGAAGGCUGUUUAUCAUGAGAAAUCACUGGUGGAUUCUCUCAUCACAAUAUGCUGCAAUCUCCAGGAACAUCUGAAGGUUGAUUUUGAAGGGUUGAACGACAAAUGCCGAAAUGACAUUGAUGAGACGGACUUGGACAAGUUUGUGGAUGUUUGUUUAUUAAAUAAAACUCUCUCUGCAAUAGGAGUAGUCUACUACUUUGAGCUUAAAGAUAAUGUUCGAUCUAUGGCAGAGGUCCUUUACACCUUCAAAGAUAGCUUCAUCUUCAGAAUGUGUUGGAAAAAUGAGGCAACAAAGUUUGCUAAAAAUAAUGAAGCCGUUCCUUCAAAGAGCGAUUUGGUUAUCACACUCAAAGAGCUUCACAGUGACAUAUUUACGCCAUGCUACAACGCCUACAAAAACAUAUACACAACACUUAAAGAGGGCAGCAUCCCUUUUAAAACUAUUGAUGUCAAAUUUAGAGCCUACAAGGGAAAAAUUAAAGAACUGGAAGCAGAAUUUGCAAACUUAUGCCAACUAGAUCUCAAUGAUGACCAACGCUGGGUCAAAACAAGAGUCUAUCAGAUUGAGCAGUACCAUGAGCUUCAUCUGGCAGUACAGUCAGCGGAGGUGGUCAAGAUGGUCAAAGAAACACUCGGCCUACAAGGAGACUUUCAAAUCUUGGACAAGUUGCUUAACACUAGACACAAGGAUUUUAAAGAGGAGCAUCUUGACAGCAUUGAUGAUGAGUUGGUGGAGGCAAAAAAUGUGCUUGUGGAGAUCACAGAACCCCGUAGAUUGUGCCUUCAGGAGCUCAGCCUCAGAAAGAAUUUUGUGUCAUGGGUAAAACAGGAUCUUAGAGACAUCAACGGGUCAAAAGUCUUUGUUGAUUUGGCUUCAAUCUCUGCUGGAGAGAACGAUAUGGAAGUGGAUCGUGUGGCCUGUUUUCAUGAUGCAGUUCUUGGCUACUCCUCAGUGCUCUAUGAUUUGAAUCCAGAGGCUGACUUCAAACUUUUCAAAGAGAUGCUGAAGAAACUAUGGAAGGCACUUGACAAUGACCACAACCUCCCAAAGAAACUGCGUGACUCUGCAAGACACUUAGAAUGGUUGAAAGCAGUCAAGGACAGUCAUGGGUCAGUAGAAACCUCAUCUAUGUCUUUGGCCUCAGCUAUCAACAUGAACGGCGUCUACAUUAUUAGUGCACAAAAUCAAAAGUUAUGCUUGGAAGAUGUUCUGAAGUUACAUAUUAUGGAAGAGCAAGAUGAAAGCUGUGAGACACGCAUUUAUAAUUUUGAAGACCUCAGGGACCUUCAGAAUAAACUGAUGCUAAUGUCUGGCAAAGGAGAUCAGGGCCAGCGUGAAGUCAAUCGAUUUGCAGAG